CCGUCUCUUCCGUCGUGUAGAUACGUCUUUGACAGGAGUGAGCGUGGAUAUGUUUGUGUGCGAGUGAAUGUGUGGUUCCGAGUGACGUGUAUAUGUUGUGCCUAUUCAGGUGAAGGUAGAUUUUUAAUGAUGCAUUGUGUUUAAUAGCAGCAGUACUCCAUACAUUCUGUUUGUAACGUCACCACACCUCUACUGUAGACAAAAUGGUUUUGAUGACGAUGAUAGCAAGGCUGUCAGAUGGUCUGCCGCUGUCAGCAUCAAUGCAAGAAGAUGAACAGUUUGGGAGAAGCAUUCUUGAGUACCAGAACCAAGCGAAAUUAUUAUUCCGCAAGUUAAACAGCCAUAGUUUGGAGCGUUGCACGAUCGAAACAGGACCAUAUGUUUUCCACUAUCUUAUCGAAAAUGAUGUUUGUUACUUGGUAUUAACUGAGCGUAAUUUCUCAAAAAGACUGGCUUUCUCGUACUUAGAAGACCUAGCGCAAGAAUUUCAUGCUCAGUAUGGGAAGAGAGUUAAUGUUGUGCAAAGGCCUUACACUUUCAUUGAAUUUGAUACAUAUAUGCAAAAGGCUAAGAAAAUGUUUACUGAUGCGAGAACACGCCGUAACCUUGCUGCACUUAACACAGAGUUACAGGAUGUUCAAAGAAUUAUGGUGCAAAAUAUAGAUGAUGUUCUGCACAGGGGUGCAGUAUUGUCUGAUUUGGAUACAAAAGCAAUGAACUUGCAGCUACAUUCCCAAAAAUAUAAGAAAGACGCCACUCAUUUAAAUGCAAAAUCAAUGUAUGUGAAAGCUUUUGGUGUUUGUGCUUUGAUUUUCCUUGUGAUAUGUUAUAUCUAUAUUAUGUAAAAGUUUACAUACAAUUAUUUGUGCAAUAGAUUAUACCGAAUACCCUUCAGAUUGAAUAUGUAUUCUGUUGUUAAUAAAUAAUUUUUCACUGUGAUUUAAAUUUAAAAUAAAUUUUUAUGUCUGAGA